AUGAAAGGAAAGGACGAUGAAGGCUUGCAGCCCUAUAAUGAAAUUAACCAAAUUAGUACGUUUAAUACAUCAAGACCUGAAAAUGAUUUAGAUAAUGAAAAUGAUGUUACAAGAGAUGAAGAUUUUAAAGAUGAGGAAUUAAAUUACAGUCAUGAUUUGUCAUAGAAUCUAAGAAAAUCGUUAGACCGGGAUUAUCUCAAGUAAAACUAGUUGAAAUAACUUGAGAGUCAAGCCUAUCGCUCAGUUUCAUUGUAAAACAACCCUAAUGAUUUUUUGAAGGAGUGUCUUGAGUAUUAUACAGAAAAUCCAACUCCAAGAAAACUAGGAUACUUUACAUGCUUUUGGUAUAGUAGCACUGGCUAGCCAAAAAUAGUGAUAGGUCCUGAUUGGAUAUUUUCACUAGUAGAGCUGAUUGUAAUUAACGGCAUCGCGGGGUAUUUUGUAUUUUCUACUGAUAGAUUCAAACACCCUUACAUGUUUCUUAUUGGUUUGUUAGUUUUAGCAUUCUAAGACCUCUCAUUUUUAAUACUUGUAAUGCAAAAUCCAGGCCUUCCAAGUCGGGAUCCAAGCAUUCACUCUGAAAGUUAUCUUAAUAAAGUUAGAAUAUUGAGGCCGCACUUAUAUUGCAACAUUUGUAAAGUAAUUUACAGGCAAGAGACAGAGACAGAGCAUUGCACUACUUGUGGCUUCUGUAUUGAGGAGCUUGACCAUCAUUGUCCCUGGAGUAGUAAAUGCAUAGGCAGUGGAAAUAUGUUAAUGUUUAAAGUGUUUCUAUUUAUGACUGUUUCACUUAUGGUUUACCUUUUUAGUGGAGGCAUGUUUUCAAUGUAAUAUAUUUUAUAACUUCAUAAUCUAAUUUUAGUGCUCAAGCUUGAUAAAACGUUAUGA